AUGUCAACAGAAGAAGAAACCACAUUCUUCCACACUUUAUCUGACCAAUUAAAUAGACUUACAAAUUCGAUAUCGACUAAUGGGGUGGUAACAAUAAUAGACUCAUUUGAGGGGGACCCCAAAGCGUUUCGGGAAUGGACGAGAUCCAUUGAAAAGUAUGCGGUGUUAGCAUCCAUUCCAAACGAUAGGAUGAAAUUGAUCGCUUAUCAAACGAGUAAAGGGGUGGUGUCUAAUUUUAUUAGGCGCUAUCUCGAUACCCAUCCCGCAGCAGAUUGGCCUACGCUAAUAGAUGAACUCUCGGCGCGCUUUGCAGAAGUAACUGAUGCACAAUAUGCUUUCGCGUUACUCCGAAAAGUUAAACAAAAUCAUAAUGAAAACGUACAAUGUUUUGGUGAGCGACUUUUGGUAUUAGCAUCGGAAGCAUAUUCAGGAACAUCGUCGUUAGAAAUAGAAAAGCAACUAGUAGGGUUCUUUGUUGACGGAUUGAAAGAAAAUUAUUUAAAAUUGAAAAUACUACGGGAAAAUCCCAAAACUUUGCAAUUAGCGGUGACCUUAGCUAUGAAAAGAAUGCGUUGUAUUUGGUUAUUAUUAUUACCUGUUUAUGGUAUCACUGCGGCAACCAAGGUUUCUCAGAAUGUACUCUUUCGACCAGUACAUCAGGUAUCCACAAGUCGGUCCAAAUGGCGCUUGACCCUGGUCCAUGAUAUAACUCCGUUUAUGAAGUUCACCAGUGACCUUGCUACCGACAUAGGACGCACUCUACUCACUGUAGAUGAAAUUAUGACAAAUUAUUCUACAGGGAACAAUAGCUUAGAAUACGAAAAUACGUUUAGCAAACUAAAAAUAGAGGUAAUAACUCUUCGAGAUGAAAUAGAAGAUCUACUGGAUGGUGUGCAAGACUAUAGAGCACUGUCCAUGAAACAUGCUAGGCCAAGAAGAGCACUUAUUCCAUUUGUAGGAAAAGCAUUAAGUUGGUUGUUCGGUACUGUCAGUACCGAUGAUUUAAAUGUCAUUAGAAGUAAUAUCGAUAAGCUAGCUAAUAACCAACAAGCUAUUCAACAUGUAGUUGCUGAAAGUUUGUCUAUAUUAAAUGUAUCACGCUUACAUAUUUCAGAAAAUAGGCAACAAGUUAAUUUACUAUCAGAUAGUUUACGAAACUUGGAUAUCAAGAUAAAAAACGUAGUUCGGCAAUUUAAAAAGAAACUAGUAAGUUUAGAGGGAUUUCUCCAUCUUUAUUUAAGAAUGAAAUUAGUUCUCGAUGACCUCAAAAACAUGUAUCUUAGAGCAGAGAUGUACGCAUCGGAAAUCAAACUUCAACUUAACAUGCUUUCCUUAGGACAUUUGUCCCCAAGUGUAUUGACUCCCGGAAGUCUCCGCAGACUAUUAAUCGAAAUUCAAUCCCACUUACCUCCAAGUGUAAGACUUCCUUCAAAUCCUAAGAAAAACCUUUGGCAUUACUAUCGAAUUUUAAACUGUGUUACGAUAAUCGAAAAUAAUGAGAUCAUUGUUGUGUUGAAUAUACCCUUAUUAGAUUCCGAUCGCGUAUUUGAAAUUUAUAAAAUUCAUCAUUUACCAUUACCUAUGACGAACAAAUUAAUUUUAUCGAAGUCUAAAGCGACCUUUAAAAUGGUAGCCUCAUAUCGGCUCGAGGCUGAGGUCAUCGCAGUUAAUACUGAUAGAACAAAAUAUGCAAUUCUAGAUUCUGACGAAUUCACUAAAUGUUCAGACCCAUUGGCUGGAUUUUGCCAAAUUACAAGUCCUAUCUACCCUAUUAAUUUGUCACAACUCUGUAUAGUUGCCUUGUUUACGGAAAAUCGAGAGAAGAUACGCCAAUUAUGUAAAGUCUUUAUUAAGCCGAACUGUAUUUUACCGGUGGCAACAUAUUUAGCAAACGGAAGAAUGACCCUGGACUACUUACUAAAGUUGGCACAAGCCCGAAACGCUGCCAAAGCCCAGGAAUCUACAAUGUAA